ACAAAAACGUUGCCGUAUGUAAAACGAACAUUAGGGUGGUUUAAGUUUUUGUAAAAGUACCCUACAAGAAAUAAUUAUUUGACAAAGACGUUAAACGACGUAAAUAUAACAAAAAUGUAAAGCUACGCAGUGUAUACUUUAUCCUAUAUUAAACCUGGCGUGUAAUGUUUAAUAAUAUGAAAAUGACAUUAAAAGGCGAAAAAGAAACAAAUAUUGACAACGAAAAUGACAAAGAAAAUAAGUGCUCAUUGAUGAAUGAUACAAUUGAAGCUGUACGGAAAUGUUCCAGAGAUGAUUUACUUAAUGUCUCAUGGGAGCCUAAUUUAGAUGUUCAUAAAGAUAGCGAGAGCGAUAUUGCUCUUCCUUUUGUAAGUAUUGUGAUGACUGACAGUAGAGUUGAUAUCUCUACUCAAACUGAUCCUUUAGUAUCUCGCAUCAAUUGUAGCGUUGUGGAUGUAAACUUGUCUCUUGGUAAAGAAUUUGAUUUCGAAGAUUCCACUUGCACUGAGCAAACGGAUUCGAAUUUAGUAAGCAGACGUUACAGAAAAAAAUCGUUCGAAGACAACGGGGAUAUUCGGCCCUCGAAGAAAAUAAAAUGUUCGAAACAUAAUUCAAGUUAUGUGACGGAUUAUUUGACGGAAAAUAAGUCAUUUAAAUCAUCAGACUCGUCGAGCAGACUGUCGUCAGAUUCAGAAGUUUCGUUUAAAUCUGUAAACAGCAACAGCUCGUAUAAGAUACGCAAAAGAAGACUUAAAUCUGAGACUAAUUUACUCAAGGACGCAUUGCACAGAGCAAGAAAGAAUAUCAGUAACAGCGAGACACCGCGAAGAGAUAAGGGAAAUCGACGAGUUAGCCGCGCGAAGUCAUGGCGUAUUUUGGAUAUUUGUACAUGGCUUGGAAGGAAGGGCUACCAGUCAAUAACUGGCCUUUACUCCGAGAUGCUUCAAGAGCCAAGACCUUGCAGCAGGGACUGUGGAGGCAGUUUUGUGGUGGAAGAAGUUAAAGAAUUAAGAAGAUUUGUAGAAGAACUAAACACGAAACAGUCGCGGCUAUCUCUAGAGAACGAAGAGUUGCACGAUAGAGUGAAGAAGAUGACCAUUAAGAUCGACGAAUUGGAAGAUAAGCUAAGCAAGCAACAACAAACGAAGCAAACAGUACCUGUGAAGGGCGCCCCGCCCCCUCCGCCGCCACCGCCCCCUCCUCCUCCGCCGCCGCCGCCGCCCCCCGCCCCCGUGACCAAGCUGCCCGUGCGCUCCAACACGCUGCCCCGCUGCGGCUCCGCGCCGCCCAGGAUCGCCGCGCCUCGCCUCACCAUCACGCCUGAAGACAUUGCCAAAGUCAAGCUCCGGAAAGCUAAGGAUAACCCAGUGAAGUGUAAGCCGAUACCCAAAGAGAGUCAGCCGCUCGUCACACAAGACAUGCUGCAAUCGACGCGCGCCAAGCUCGGUCGAUCCCGGCCCGUAGCCUCCUCUACGCCAAAACAGCAGCUCACGGAGCUUGAGAAAUGUCUGCUACAAGAGACGUCGGUGACGUCACUGUUCCGACGGCGUGUGUCACGUGGUUCGUUCCGCAGCGCGGAGGAGCUGCGCGUGCGGCCCUACCCCGCGCGCUCCCCGCGCUCCCCGCGCUCGCCCCACUCGCCGCGCGCCAACUCGCUGUCGCGCGCAGCGACCAUCGCACCAAUCAAAUUCCCAUUAUUAAUUACAAAUAACGAAUGAAGGUGACAAAUGUCUUCAUAUGAAUUUUCAAAUCACCCAACUCUUGGAUGCGUUAACAAAACUGCGCUUUCAAACGUGGUUAUUCCCGUAACUUAAUGUUUUAGCUACAAUUCUCUGCGUAAUUUUCUAUGUCUUUGUAUAUUAUUUAUGAUAUUUUAUGAAGAAGUUUUAUGGUCAUGAUGUUUUAUAGAACGUAAGAAGUGUUGGAUUUCGGCUUUUAUGUUUAAAAACCUAUUUUGUCUUUUCAAAUUGAUUAUUCUAAUAUUGUGACAACGUUAAUAACAUUUAACAUAUUUUUUAUUUGCAAUUUGCAUGCUUAAUAAAUUGAUUAAAUACCCCACGGAAAAAUGCAGGCUGAACGUCGGUUAGCUUAAAUCGUGAGUUUAUUUAAAUUAAAAAGACUGUCGUGGAAUUCUUUUUUAGUCUCGAAGAUAGCAAGUAAUAAAAAAGUUUUAUGAGGAUGGCAGUCUAGCGUAGAUUAUCUCGGAUAGUGUAUCAUGAAGUGGAUUGUAUUUUGUUCUUCUCUAAAAUUUUGUAAGGAUCUGAAGUUUCUAUUUGAAUAUCUUUGAUAACAAUAUUCUUUUUAACAAAAUAGCUUUAUCACCUAUAGUCGGAAUCAAUAAGAUCUUCUUGCAAUUAUGUUUGUUUUAUAUAAAUAGUAACAAAUAGUUUGGACUUCAUAGACAUUCCGAGUUUCGUUAUAAACUUAAAGAUACUUU